GAGAGAGAGAGAGAGAGAGAGAGAGAGAGAGGGAGAAGGAGGGAGAGAGAGGUUCUCACAUUGGCUGUGUCCUAAUCCGAGUCCAUCUCCAAGAAGCAGCAGAGCAGAGUGUUAGUGAAGUGAGUCUGAGAGCCAAGGAGAGCUACAUCAGCUAGCUGCACACACACACACUCACUCACACACACACACACACACACACACGCACGCACGCUCUCGCUUUUCACACACACUCAGGCAACGGGAGCCCACGAUGCGUCCGGCUGCGCGGCCACGGCUUUUGUGAAAGUGAGGGGAUUGAUGCUGCUCCCGUCCCAGCCCCCUUGGCUCGCACACGCUCUGUUUGUUUGCUGGGCUUAAGCUGAAGGUGGUGGAGGUGGAGGAGGAGGAGGUGGUGCUGGCGGUAGUGGCGGGGGGCACGGCCAGGGCAGAUCAGGGGCACGGGAGAGGAGAAGAAGAAAAAGAAGAAGGAGAAGAAGAAGAAGAAGAAGAAGAAGAAGAAGAAGAGGGAGCGAAAGUGGAUCAGAUCCGCAGCAGACUGAGCUCUGGAGAUGCCCGUCAGGUCUGACUGUGUCACAGCCUCAGCCAAUCAGAGCCUUCGUUAAGCGGCGGCGGCGGCGCGCGGUUGGUGAGAAGGAUGGCGACCAUGCCGUUCGUCAGCGAGGGGAAGUGCGUGAGUGUGGAGUGGGACUUCCUACAAGGACUCCUGGCCAAGCCUCCCACCCUGCCCUGUCUCCAGAACCUACGUAAAGAGAAGUCUCGCAAUGCGGCCCGCUCCCGGAGGGGAAAGGAGAACUUUGAGUUCUUCGAGCUGGCCAAGAUGCUGCCGCUGCCCGGCGCCAUCACCAGCCAGCUGGACAAGGCCUCGGUGAUCCGGCUGACCAUCAGCUACCUGCACAUGCGCACCUUUGCCAGCCAGGGCGACCCACCCUGGAGCCCCCUGCUGGAGGGAGACAGCAACUGCAGCAAAGUGCGACGGUCGUCUCAUUCUCUGGCUACUGACAUGUUUGAGCAGCACUUAGGGGCUCACCUCCUGCAGUCUCUCGAUGGCUUUGUGUUCGUGGUCAGUCAGGAGGGACGCUUCCUCUACAUCUCAGAGACAGUCUCUAUCUACUUGGGACUCUCACAGGUGGAGCUCACCGGCAGCAGCGUCUUCGACUACAUCCACCCGGCGGACCACGUGGAGAUGGCCGAGCGCCUGGGCAUCCGGCCGCACCUGAGGGCGGAGGCCGGCUGCCACGUGGCCCCCGAGAGCGCGUCCAGCUCGGCGUCGGCCUCCUCGCUGGCCGGAACCCCCGAACCCGCUCCGUCCAGCCCCCACUCCCCCGCUGACGAGCCCCCCGACCGCGGCUUCUUCAUCCGCAUGAAGUCCACGCUCACCAAGCGAGGCCUCCACGUCAAGUCGUCUGGAUACAAGGUGAUCCACGUCACCGGGCGGAUCCGCUGCCGCCCCGCGCUGGUGCCGGGCUCCGCGCGCUCCGUGCGCCGGCCCAUGGGCCUGGUGGCGCUGGCGCACACGCUCCCGCCGUCCACGCUCAACGAGGUCCGGAUGGAGAGCCACAUGUUCGUGUUCCGGGUCAACAUGGACCUCCAGGUCACGUACUGUGAGAACAGGAUUUCAGAGUACAUGGAUCUGACCCCAGCAGAGGUGGUGGGACACACCUGCUACCACUUUGUUCAUGUAGAAGACCUGGAAAAUAUUCGGCAAAGCCACGAGGACCUGCUGAGGAAAGGCCAGGUGGUGACCGGCUACUACCGCUGGCUCCAGAGGAGAGGAGGGUACCUGUGGAUCCAGUCCACCGCCACGGUCUCCAUCAACCACAAAGCCCCCCAUGAGCGCAACGUCAUCUGGGUCAACUACGUCCUCAGUCGGACGGAGUUGCCCGACACUCCGCUGGAUCUCCUGCAGCUUCCUGAGAGCGUCAGAGCGGAGCGACUCCGCGUCAGCUCCCCUCCCACAGAGAGCUCCCCACAGGCCCGAGGCUCCCAGCCAGUAAAGAGCUCGGGAGGGAAGAGUGACCCCGACAAUAAAGGCAGGGCAAAGUUCACGGCCACCGCCGUCCAAUCGGACGACAGGAGGAAGCGGCUGCUGAGGUCCGACCCCGACGGCGCCCCUCCCGAAACCCGCCGCCGGCUCCAGGAGCUCCGCCACGCGGAGGAGAGCGUGUCGGCCUCCUCGGACAUGGCGAGCGAAAGCGAGGCGGAGGAGGAGGACGAGACGGAGUGGGACCAGGGAGACAGUGACAGGCUGAAGCAGGAGGAGAGCGCGGGAGGGGGGACGCAGAGCAGGGGGGGCGACACCCCCACCCGGGGGGAGAUGGGGGCGCGGACGCACAACGGGCGCGCCGUGAUCCAGCAGCUGAAGAGCGUUGUGACCCCGUCUCCGCUGCCUGGAAGCCCCGGCAUCAAGACUGAGCACGAGGCCCUGGGCGCUGGGGGGCGCUGGGGGUCUCACACGCAGACCCCCAGCUCGCACAGCAACCCGCCGCCGCCCUCCCACGCACACACCCCCUCCAGCAGCCUCAACGGCGACAGCCCCACCACCCCCGUCCCCGACUCCUCCUCCAGCAGCGAAGCCCCACCGAAGGGCCUGUUCACCCCCCCGUCCCCCGCUCUGUCCCCCGCCAUGUCCGUGUCCUCCCCCCUGCCGCGCGAGGACAGAGCGGUGGUCAGCAGAGGCGGCGGCGGCGGCGGCGGCGGCGGUGGCGGCGGCCCCGACUUCGAGCUGCUCCAGAGACUGGCGGCAGGCGGAGCGGCGGGGCGGGUCCUCUUCCACCCCCUCGCCCUCGGCCCGCAGGGCCCUCAGAGCCUCUACGCCCCCAGCACCAUCCGCUACGCUCCGCCGGAGCUGCCCCCCUCCCACCACCACGGCGCCGGCCACGGCGACGGCCUGCAGCUGCGCUCGGACCACCACAAGGCAGCGCCGCCGGCCUUCUUCCCCCACCUGCAGCGGCUCGCCGGCCUGCCGCCCUUCAGCGGCUUCUCCCCGUCCGACAGCCCCUUCACCUCCGGCCUGCCCUUCUGUAUGAACGGACUGAGGGGGGCCGCCGGCUCCGAGGAGGACUGAGACCAGCAGGAGAAAACAUGAAGGACGGGGCGGAGCGACAGAGCGGGAAGAGAGACGUUGAAAAGGGCAGUGAAGACACAAGUGGCAGGACAUUAAACCUCUAAGGACUUUACUAAUUGGACAAUGAGCUGAAUAACUGCGAUUUAAAGUAUGUGACACGCCGCCGCCACAGGGAAUUAUUGUGACAGUGACUCUCGGAGAAAACAGGACACGGGAACUUUUGACUGGGCGUCCCUUCAGACUUUCCAUCUCUACAACAAUAAUGAACUCUGCUCCGCGUCUUUCUCCAGAUGACUGUGUUGAUUUCUGUGUCUCUUCCACUCAGAGAAGCCAUAUUGUAUAUAGAGACAAAACCAUGAAGACCCUCAGUUCACACCCUCCUCACUGUCGCACCAAUUAACCCGAUUAACCCCGACGCCAGUGGGAAGAGAUGGACACUUGUCUGUGGGAAUGAAAAUGACUUUGAAAUAUACAUUUUUAUUAUUGCAGUAUUACACAAAAUCAGUCCUCUCUUAUACUGAAAUGCAGGAGAGAGUUUGAUUAUAGAGGUUCCUUUAAAAUAGAUGGAAACAGACCUCUGGUGUUUUUGUAUGAAUAUUCAAAAUAAUAAUUAUUUAAAAAACUCCAAGUAUUCAUCAGUCAGCCAUACCUAAAGCACACUGUUGGGACAAAAUAUGAAUAAAGUCGUCCUAGACAUUCCAGUAUAUAUAAGGGAAGAAAAUGCAAUGCAGACAUUUCUGUUGAUUAUAGAAAAAUCAUUUGUAUUAUAUAGUAUAUUUGGUACGAUGCUGAGAUUGUGUUUGUAUGAAAGCCAUAUCCUUGUGUUUUCGUUUUUCUUUUUUUAACCAGACAAAAACAAAAGUAAGGUUGCUGUGAAAAAUUUAUGAAAAUGUUGCAAAACAGAUUAUUUUUCUGUGGACACACGCAGGACAAAAAAAGUGUUUUACUGGUUCUUCAAGGUUUCCCCUCAAAAGAGGAACAUCUGGGAAUGUGUUUUGGGACGUGGGGCAGUUGCUGGGCGGCCAAGGUGCCGCUUCAUCAUUCAAAUCUACAUGUUUUCCCCGAGCACUUAACUGAAAUGUGUUCUGCUGCGAACUCAAAGCACUUCAUGUGAGCCUGUUAAAACAGAGAAGAGAGCCAGAGCGCCGGUCUAAUAUCACGUCCUGACCGCCGGGCAGCGGAGAGGAGGGAGGAGAGGUGCAUGCUGGGAGGUGGGCAAACAGACCACGUGUGGUCGCUAAUACACGACCGGCACGGGUCAAUAAAAAUCACCAGAGCUGUUCUGAUGCUGGCUUUAGUUCAGUCCACUGGAAAUGAUGUGUUAAACAUGAAAAGCUGCUUCAUACUGAAUAAUUAAAAAGUGUGUUUAAAUUAAAUAACAUUUUUUAAUUGCUGUUCAAAAAUCAUUUGGACUCAAGUGAGUCACAAACAAUAUAAAAGCUACUCAAGCUGUUGAGAAUUUCCAAAAUGUAAUUAAGGUUUUGAAAAGUGACCCUCUCUGUUGGCAUCAGUGCACAUUAUGAAAUAGAACUUUUUAAAAUGUUCAACAGUAAUUAAACACCAUUUCAAACAUCUAAAUUAUUUUUUUUUCACUCCAACACCGAGAUCAUGUUCAACUGUCUGACGCGAUGGCUCGGUUUAUGAAAUUCUCUGAUGUCUGACAGAAAAUAAGGGCAUUUUAAUGUCGGACGGCGACGCAGAACGUACCUGGAGCAUCUGCGAACGCGCGUUAACUGAGCUGAUGUGUGACUGAGUGCUUGUUCCCAACGCUUGUGUGUGAUUGUCUGUUUGUUUUUUGGUUGAAGUAAAUAUCUAACCCUUCGCCCAUCACUGUGAAUCUAAUGUCGUCCUCCCAUCUUUGUGAAUACUCGACCCACUCAUGAAAAUAAAAUGAAGAAAUGUAAAAAGAAAUACAGUGAUGCAGACGCUAACAAUAAAAUAUUCCAGUAGAGGAGCACAACUCAA